UACGGCCUCUGGAUCAGAGGACUGUUCUGUUUUUGCGUCACAACUAAGCCGCGACCUCUUUCUGCUGUGAUUCACUCUUAACUCACAGCUUAGCAAAGACCGGCGUGUGGGCCAGUCUCGAGGCCCCAACUCAUAAACAAAUGGACAUGCUGGGAAACACUUAAAUGAGGGUUACAUUUCCGGCCUAACUAAUCAGUGUACCAUGAAAUGCAACUCAAUGAUGACUGCUCAUCGCAAGAUGGAUUCAGGCAAAGGAGUUCCCCCUGGUUAGCAAAUGUUAAAGCAAAUGACCAAAAAUCAUGUACAUUUCUAAAUAAUUUUCUCCCCCCUUCUCGCACACAUCCAUCCUUCUGUUCUACAGCCACCCACUCCUCAUGUCAGGCCGACGGUAAACGCACAUAGCAGCCAUGGGUGGUGGAGGGAGGUGCAUCUAUAAUCUGCCCGGGGGGACUGGCCCCCGUAUAAGAAGCCCUGAGUGCCUCUUCUCUCUCAUAGCCAGCGUAGAGACAGACUCCUCUCCUUGAGACUGCAGGGCUGCGCCACUCUCACGCACCACCACAGCAGCUGAUUGACAGAGGCAACCUUCCCGGAGGUGUUUGUUAAGUCGCCUACCUGCACACGAGAAGGUCACUCCUCAACAUGAAUUUGGAGGCCCCCAAAGCAGAAAUAAAGUCUGCCACGAGGGUGUCCGGGGGCCCCGCCACACCACGCAAGGGGCCCCCCAAGUUCAAGCAGAGGCAGACUCGGCAAUUCAAGAGCAAGCCUCCGAAGAAGGGAAUCCAGGGCUUCGGAGAUGACAUCCCCGGCAUGGAGGGAUUGGGCACAGAUAUCACGGUCAUCUGCCCCUGGGAGGCCUUUAACCACCUGGAGCUGAAUGAGCUGGCCAAGUAUGGAAUCAUCUGAGACUCAUUUUACCCCCACUUUCCCUUUUGGAUUCAAGGCUGCUUCCAUGCACUUCAAACCAAUCGCCUAAGCCCACCCCAUUUCCAUAUAAUGGAAUGAUAAAAGAAAACCCAAAUUAUGAACUGCAACAACCGCAAAAAAAAAGAAGAAAAGAAAGAAAAGAAGAAAAAAGUCUGUCUCUUUCCGGUUCCGAUCUUUUGAUUCUGAAGCUAGGGUUAACGGUCAUGCUCAUGUAGAAUACGUUCCUUUCAUUCACUGUGUUUAAGUCAACGCUAUAUAGCUGUGAUUGUACAACCAUGUGCACCUUUUCUUUAACUCCGUUCCAUACUCUACUUUUCCUCUUCUCUGUGUUUUCAAAGUAACUGCUCCCGGACACAUAAUGUGAAACUCACGCAACCAAGGUAGCCUCACUUUGAGUAAAACUAACAAACCCAGCUGGGUUCCCGUUUCCUGAGGUUCGGUCCAUCCAUGCCGACCACAUCUCUAAUAUAGAAGCUGAGUUUUCUAGAGAUUGGAAGCACUGUUGACUGUCAAAGAGUGCAAUCUGUUCAUUAACCCAUGCUCAUUGCAUUUGUUGUCUUUUACUCUUCCUGUAAACCCUGCAUCUCCUGUUUCAAGCCUCCAUUCACACCAGGGGUCAUUUCCAUAAUGUCCCCAUUAUUUUUCUAUUUUACAAAUUUCCAGUGAUUUGAAAGUUAUUCAGUUUCUCAUGUAAACAUGUGUGGAAAUGUAUAUUUAUGUUUGACUAUUUUCUAUCUCAUCCAUCCACAUUUUGCUAUGUACUGUAUAUCCAUGACAGUGUGAUAUGUGUAGCUAUUUCUCAGCUAUGAUCUCAUGCUCUGACAUACCAAGCCCACAUGUUAUUGGUUUACCCUUGGGGGGUAAAACAGGUUUUCUAUUCACCUAGAAAAUCUAAAUGAUCUCAAUAUUCAUUGCAAUCAUUGAGAACUACAUACCACUCUAUACAAUUUGAAAUUCAACUUUGUGCCCAAAAUGCUUCCUCCAUAUUGGUCAACCAUGAAUAUGAAUGGAUGGAACUAUAUUAUUACAUUUAAAUGUCAAAUUGUUUUUGAUUCAAUAUUUGAUCCUUUGCUAACUUGUGUAUUCUUUUGAUAUGAACAUGCAUACGUUUCUCUUGUGAAUGGAUCGCAGAAGUGAAGUAGAGAGCAAGAUGAUGGUUUUAAUCCAAGUUGAAUUAAUGUGAUAUUGAGCUCUUUUCUCUGCAGGACGAACAAAUAAAGCUUUAAAAAUAAAA